UCGUCGCGUGAGUCGUCGAGCUCUGCACAGAAAUACUCCCGUGUCCUCACUCACUUCCAGCACUCCCCACUCUUCUAGGGUUCCGCCGCUACCGCCGCACCUACCUCCUCAUCUCCUUGCCCCGUUGCUCGUUGCUACUCCCGCCGCCGGCACCGCCAACACAAGCCAGGUUUUUUUUUCCGCAUCCGCACUCGCUUCCUCAUCUCCCCACUCCCGUCGCCGGUGCCAGAUCCGCCUCCUCCCCCUGGACGCCUCCGGCUCGUCUCCGCCUAAUUCCCGUCCGCCUCCUCUCCUUCAUCCGUGAGGUGCCUUCCCCAACCUCUCGACCUGUUUCCUCCGCCACAUCGAUCAGCCUGCAUCCCCGCCGCAUUCCUUCUCCCCCGACCGGCCCCGGCUCGCUGUCUUGCAAUCUCCGACCUCCCCGUUUCCUUCCUUCACCACAUCAGUCUGUAGCUAGUCAGCCGCCCAGAUGACCGGCGGAAUCGUGACCGUGGCGAGCGGGGUGAUGAACCCCCUGAUCGGCAAGCUCACCGCACUCAUGGGUGAUGAGUACAAGAAGUUCAAAGGGGUCAAGAAGCAGGCCUCCUUCCUCCAGAAGGAACUCAGUGCCAUGAACGCCGCCCUGAAGAAGCUUGAGCUCAUGGAUGACGAGCUCGACCCAACUGUCAAGGAUUGGAGGGACCAUGUCAGGGAGAUGUCCUACGACAUGGAGAAUUGCAUCGACGACUUCAUGCGCCAGUCUCGGGCUGAUGAUGCUAAGGGAAGCUUCAUCAAGAAUACUGCUCGACGCAUCAAGAAGAUGCGAGAGCGCCUUCGCAUAGCCCACCGGAUGAAAGAGCUCAAGACCCUUGCCAUAGAGGCGAAUGCUCGGCGGCAACGGUAUAUGGUUGAUGAUUGGAAGCCUGCCUCCGGCUCUCUGGUUGUUGACCCUCGUCUGCGAGCGGUCUACCAGGACGCAGAUUCUCUCAUUGGCAUUGAUGGCCCAAGGGAGGAGGUUGUCACUCGGUUAAUGGAUACUCAGAACAAACUCAAGGUGGUGUCAAUUGUGGGAUUCGGCGGUCUUGGCAAAACUACACUUGCCAAACAUGUGUAUGACAAGAUUGGCUCACAAUUCGAUUGCAAGGCAUUCUUUUCAGUUUCGCAGAGGCCUGAUAUGAGUGAGCUACUCAACAAUUUACAAUAUAAACUUGGGAUGAAGAAGCCUGAUACAUCUCACACUCGCAAGGUUGACGACAUCAUUGAAGAGCUAAGACAACAUCUGAAAAAUAACAGGUACCUUAUUGUUGUUGACGAUGUGUGGGAUGAAUCAGCAUGGAACAUUAUUAAGUGUGUGUUUCCAGAAGAGGGUAAUGGAAGUAGAGUAAUAGUCACAACACGAGUGGAAGUUGUGGCUGGUGCAGCCUGUCAGAAUGACCGUGAGGGCAUCUACAAAUUGGAACCUCUCAGUGAAGAAAAUUCAAGAAUGUUAUUGGUGAACAGAGUAUUUGGAUCCGGACAUGGUUGUCCACCCCAAUUUGAACAAGUCAUGACUGCGAUUUUAAAGAAGUGUCAUGGGCUGCCACUUGCAAUUAUCACAAUAGGUAGCCUAUUAGCCAGUCAAGAUAGAUCAAGGAAGGGGUGGGAGAGUAUAAGGGAUUCUCUAGGUGCCCACUCUGCCACAAAUCCCUCCUUGGAAGAGAUGAAGAGUAUAUUAAACCUUAGCUACAUGCAUCUUCCUGCUUAUCUGCGGGCAUGCUUUUUAUACCUUGGUAUGUAUGUUGAGGACUAUGAGAUCUCACGGGAUGAUCUUGUUCGACAAUGGAUCGCUGAAGGCCUUGUAGGUAAUUUGCAGGGGAGAGAUAUGGAGGAUGUUGGCAGGAAUUAUUUCAAUGAACUUAUCAAUAGAAGCAUGAUUCAGUCUUGUGAAACGGAGUGUGGAGAGGUAUUGUCUUGCAAAGUACAUGAUAUAAUGCUUGAUUUGAUCCUAAGCAAGUGUGCUAAAGAUAAUUUUUUAAGUGUGGCAUACAAUUAUGAAGACAUGGCAAGACUGCAUGCCAGCAAAUACAAGGUCCGGCGAUUAUCUGUGAGCUCUAUGGCUAGUGGUGGAGCAACAUAUGGACCAACUAUUGGUGUUAACCUAUCACAAGUUCGGUCGUUUACACUGUUGGGGAAAUCCAUGCCUCCUCUUGUGUUGUUCAAGUAUCUCCGGGUGAUUAGGAUUGAUCAAGGUAGUACUCAGAGAGACGAGGAGAUCCUUGACCUCAGCGCUAUUAGCCAAUUGUUUCAGUUGAGGUAUUUGUAUGUUUGGGGACUAAGAUUUGUGCAGCUCCCUGCUGAACUUCAAGGGCUUCUUUACUUGCAGACACUGCACAUAGAUUCACCGCUCGACAGCAUUCCUUCAGAUAUAGACCAUUUGUCCCACUUGUCCUAUCUUUAUCUUCAUACUUAUAAUUGCAACCACAGAUUGCUGCCUGAAUGGAUUAGUAAUAUGAAAUCACUGAACAGUCUGACAAUGUCGGUAGGCUGGGGGACUGGUCAGAGUGAAUUGAAUGGGAUGAACGGUAUUAUAGGUUUGGGCGAGCUGACCAAUCUCACGGACCUAACAAUCAGUCUGUAUUCUUUGGAGAAGCCAGAACUUGAUGCUUUGGCCUGCUCCAUUGGAAAGCUAUGUAACCUCAAAUCUCUUCAACUCUCAGGGUUUCAGACUGAAAUCCAUAACCAGAUGGGCUCAUUAUCCAAUCCUUUCCAACACAUCGAGAAAAUUGACGUGCGUGUAUUGAAUUUCUGUAGAGUUCCCAUUUGGAUCGGUGGUCUCCAUUGCCUUCGCCUCCUUGACCUGCGUGUGGAGGAGACGUCAACUGAAGAUUUCCGUCUUCUUGGAGAGCUUCCCUCCCUCGUCAAACUCAAAUUCAGGCCGUCACGUAUCCCUGAAGAAAGGGCUAUACUAGGCACGGGACUAUUCCCCGUUCUGGAGUACUUCGAAUUUUGGACUGAUGAAGACGCUAUGGCAUACUUGGGAUUCGAGGCGGGGGCUAUACCCAACCUACAAACCCUCUCUCUCCAAAACAGGAAGUGGGGUGGCGGCACACCAGUUGGCAUGGAGCACCUGUUACGCCUUCGGAAGAUCAAACUAUGGAGGGUUGACUCUGGUGAUGCCACCAUAGCGUCUGUGUUCAGGAACGCCUUAUCAGUGCACCCAAACCGCCCUUCCGUUGAGCAUUUUCUUUAGUUAGAUUUCUUCUGUCGGAUUGCAGUCUGAUUCUUUUUAGAUUGUGCGGCCAAUCUGUUUAACCCACAAUGAACUGCUCAGCAGGCCAUUUAAUUAAUGCGGAUAUGUAACUUGGAAAUUUCAUGGUGUUGUCAGUGAGUUGCAUGACCCCUGCCCGUAAUCCAGAGCAGCAGAGCGCCUAGCUAGUGUCCUGAUUUGGUUAGAGAGGAGAUGAGAAGUUGGAGGCCAGAAAACUACAUGGCAUUUUAGGAAGAGUGUGGUUGUUUGUGCAGCUCAUUGGAGAAAUGGGGACUGUUGUGCAAAGGGACCGUAAAACAAUCCAGAGUUUUAUGACAAGAUGACUUUACAUUCCAGAACCAGAAGCUGCCAUCAAAGAGAAGACUCCGAGGAGCCUCGGACUCGGUUGAUCUUGGUAUGAAGGUGCUUGACGCAACUCACUCUGGCUACUCUUUGUACGAUCCUGCAGUUGAUGGUUGCCGCAAGCCUGCAACCAGUUGGAGAUCCUCUGGGUGUUUGCGCUUUGGUCUGCACUGCUGGCUAGUGGUGAAUGGUUAUAAUCUUUCGUGUACGAGGGGCUUUUGCUUUUGCUGGGAGAAAGAAGCUGCAGAGAAGAGAGCAGUAGUGGCAGAGGCAGAGAAGAAAGCAGAGGAAGCAUCAGUUCCCAACUUGGAUGAAACUAGUUUCACACCUGUCCUGGAUAGGACUUGUUCAUAUUGUUGUUGUUUCAGUUUUGGCGUCGAUGUGCCUAGAGCCCCACACGAACGCCUUGUGCCGGACUAGCAUGACAUGUACCAAGCCGUAAACAUGUACUCUCUCUGUCACUUUUUAUAAAACGUUUUUAGAGUCCA